GUUUCCGGCUGAUAUCUGUGGAGCCUGAAAGAGGAGACAGCAUUGCAGGACAAGGUAGCUGCCAAGAUGCUCCAUUUGCGAAGUUCACAGAUGCUGCAGAUGUUGGAGAAGUCCUUAAGGAAACACCUUCCCGAGUCCUUAAAGCAUGAAUGUAUCCCUACUUACUAAAUUCUGUAUAAAUAAAGAAGGACUCUGACUGCUAGACAGUCAGGCUGCAAGAUUCUCCUGACUACCACGGCCUGGCUGACUCCCUCCCUCACCAGCUUUUACAUCCUCUGCUGGAAUUGUCUACUAUCGGGAAUGGCUCCCGGAUAUACCAGGUGUUGGUGUGCUUGCACACAAAGUUUAUGGGACUGUCUUCCACAUGAAUCAUGGAAACCCAUUCAAGCUCAAGGCUCUGGUGGACAAGUGGCCUGAUUUUAACACAGUGAUUGUCCGUCCUCAGGAGCAGGAGAUGGCAGAUGACUUUGAUCCCCAUGUCAACACUUACCAGAUCUAUUCUAAGGAUCCUAAGAACUGUUUGGAGUGCCUUGGCACACCAGAGGCCAUCAACUGGAAACAACAUCUGCAGGUUCAAAGUUCACAAUCCAGCCUGAAUGAAGCAAUAAUGGGCAUUACAGCUGCUAAGCUGGUCAAAGUCAAGAGAACACAAUGCAUUCUUUACAUGAUGCCCCAGACAGCAAAGAAACUGGUUCCUUUCCUGAUGGAGGAUAUAGAGAAUUUACAUCAUAAAUCUGGCAGACCCCGGGCCAUCAACCAUGAGAUGUUUAAACUCUCAUCACUGGAUGUCACCCAUGCUGCCUUGGUGGAUAAAUUCUGGCAUUUUGGUGGUGAUGAGAGGAGCCAGAGAUUCAUUGAGCGCUGUAUCCAAACCUUUCCUAGCUCAUGUCUUCUGGGGCCUGAAGGGACCCCUGUCUCCUGGGCUCUGAUGGACCAAACUGGAGAAAUGCGAAUGGCAGGCACUGUGCCUGAUUACCGGGCACAAGGUCUCAUCUCCCACAUCAUUCAUACUCAGACUCUGGUUAUGGAUGAACUUGGCUACCCUGUGUAUAAUCAUAUGUACAGAGCCAACAAACUCAUGCAGAAAAUGAGCCAUACUCUGCAGCACGUCCCUAUGCCCUGUGACUGGAAUCAGUGGAAUUGUGUGCCUCUGUAACUCUGGUGCUGAACAAAUGGCUGUGUUGGAUAAGCAACAAUAAAGCUGGAGGGGAGAAUGGUGCACAUAGGGGAAAUACAAACUGUAAUGAACAAUAAAGGAGUGGGCAUUGGGCUCUGGGGAAGCAGUGUGAAUGGACAACAGUAUGCCACUGUUCCUGUCCUCAUAUUACCUUUCAGAUCCAGCAGAUGAAGCAUGGGCAGACCUCUCCACUGAGCCACUGGCUUUGUCCAGUUCUCUGUACUCUGAAUGUCAGUGACACUUCUCUUCAGCUGCACAUCACUAUCCUCUUGUGGACUGUUGUCCAUGAUCUCUCCUGUCAGGAUAUGCUGCUGACUUGUGGAUAGCUCACACUUUUCUCUCACACUCUUUACUUAGGAGCUAGAGUGCUCUUCAUCAAUAGGUGCUAUGGACUGAUCACUUCACUGAUAGACCUGUGAUUUCUGUUCAAUAACCAUGAUAAAUAUUUCAUAAGUGGAUAUAUGAUGGUAUAUGGUAUGGUAUCUGGAAGACAAAUUUUUUAGCAAGUGCUAAUUACUCUUUAAUUUUAAAUUUGCUAUUAUACAUAGAGCAUAGUAAGUGCCUUUCAGUGGUAAAAGGAAGCAUCCUUUGACUUAGGAAAUUCUAAUGAAAACAUCAUUGAGUCAAGAAUAGACAGCUGCUUCCUGACAUCUGGCUGUUGGCUAUAACAGGCCAGUGAGUACAAACUGAAACACAGGCAAGUCUUCUUGUUUCUGAGAUGUUGACAGAAUUUCCCCAGUGUUUAAACAUAGUCGUAUGCCCAGCUAUAUAAAUUUCAGUAUAAAAGUAUUCAGUAGGUUUGAGGUAACACCCCCAUUUUUGUGGAAAGUAGAUCUUUAAUAAUUUAGUCCAAUCUUACUUUGAGAAAGGAAAAGCAAUGAUAGCCUUUAUGCAACUGGAAUUGUCAUUUUUAUAAAAGAUCAUAUUCGCUUUUCUAUAAGUCAGUUUCACUUAAAUUAGGACUGUCCAACAAAAUAUUGUUAGCCAUUCAUGAUCUGAAUUUUGGUUAUGAAUUAAAUUAUGGUCCACAUUAAAAGUCA